AUGCUUAUUCAAAAGUCUAGAUUAAAGUGGUUGAAUGAUGGAGACUCUAAUAGUAAAUUCUUUCAUAGAUUCAUGAAGGAGAGGAGGAGAAGAAUCCAUAUUAGCUCUAUAAUUACUAGUAGUGGACUUGUGAAUUCGGUAAUGGAGGUGAAGGAAGUGGUGAAAGUGCAUUUUGAAGAUAAUUUCAAGGAGGGUUGUUUCGAUAGACCAUCAUUGGAUGGUAUUUUUAUUAAUUCUUUGAGUAGGGAGGAUGGUUUAUCUCUUGAGGUUUCUUUCUUGGAGGAAGAGAUAAAAGAAACGGUGUGGAGUUAUGACGGUUCGAAAAGUACGGGUCCAGAUGGUAUUUCUCUUCUCUUUAUUAAGAAUUGUUGGUUCUUUUUAAAAGAAUAUGUCUUCUUGUGUUUCAACGCUUUCUUUUCUGGGGCGGUCUUGUCUAAAUCUAUUACAUCAUCGUUUCUUAUUCUUAUUCCGAAGAAUUCUAAUCCGAUAGGUCUUGAUGAGUAUCAUCAUAUUUGUUUAAUGGGAUGCAUUUACAAGAUCAUCUGUAAAUUAUUGUCUAGUAGGAUCAAAAAGGUUCUUUCUCCGAUAAUUUCUUAUUGUCAAAGCGCCUUCGUCCCGGGCGUAGACAAAUGA